AUGUUCCUCUUCUCCCGCAAGACCAAGACCCCAAUCAGCACCUACAGUGACUCCUACAGGGCUCCUACCUCCAUCAAGGAGGUCUAUAAGGACCCACCUCUGUGGGCCUGGGAAGCCAACAAAUUUGUGACCCCGGGCCUGACUCAGACCACGCAGCGCCAUGUGGAUCCUGAAGCCCUACGGAAGAUGGUCAAAUGUGCUGUGCAGGACUACACCUAUAAGGGUUCUGUGCCGGGCCACCCUUACUUGCCUGAGAAAUACUGGCUCUCUCAAGAGGAAGCAGACAAAUGUACCCCAAACUACCUGUGCAGUAACCGGUAUAACACACGGAGGAUGGGACCUUACAACUACACUGGCUGGAACAAAUAUGCCACAUGCCUUCCUCGGCUGCCUAAGGAGGCCGGGAUGGAGACAGCAGUUCGAGGAAUGCCCUUGGAGUACCCUCCUAAGCCAGAGCGACUCAAUGCCUACGAGCACAAUGUGGUGGUGAACAUGCUGAACUCGCUGUCACGGAACCAGCAGCUGCCGCAGAUCGCGCCCCGGUGCGGGUGCGUGGACCCGCUGCCGGGCCGCCUGCCCUUCCAGGGUUAUGAGAGCCCUUGCUCAGGCCGUCACUACUGUCUGCGCGGGAUGGACUACUACGCCACGGGGGCACCCUGCACCGAGCGCCGCCCGCGGCCUCCGUGCGCCGACCUGCCGACUGACUGUAUCGCCCUACGAUCACCGGCCCGGAAUGCAGUGUGCUGUUAUAACUCCCCCGCUGUCAUACUACCCAUGUCCGAACCUUAGAUGGGACACAAGUCACUUCAAGAAGACCGGUGGCCUCCACAGAAACAGCUAUGUCGUCCACCCUGAGUUUGUGUCUGAGACCUAUCCCGACUACCACUGCUGGUAGGGCCUGGGCUGGCUGGGCCAAGGGGGCUGAGCAAUCAAUAAACUCUUCACCCCAAAA